GGCCACCAACGACUAGUUAAAGAGUGUAGACCUGUGAGGCUCGUAGCUGUGGGUUCGAGGCUAGGCAUGCACCCGAGUAGAAAGUUAAAUUAGGCACCAUUAAGUGACUGCAUAUUGCUAGCCGCUUAGCCUACCUGCCUCAACUUUAAUAUUUAGUAUUUAUUGCCGUUAAGUUGUCCUACUUGUAUUGUUGCCAUUAACAUCAAAGAUGACCACAGCUCUCGUGUCCCCUUUCUUCGAUGUGUUGUGCAAGAACAACAAAAUAAUGAAUUAUACGAACAACAACAACAUUAUAAAUCCUACCACUACAAAUGUUUCUCUGCUGGACAGAAAAGCUGUGGGGACCCCAUCUCUAGUGAACUUUCAAAGGAGACAUUCUGUCACUGUGCCUAACUCAAAGUUCAACCAGAAUCUGCUCAACAGCCUCAAGAUGGAGCCCUCAACUACCUUGGGAAACAAGGAGAACAAGUUCAGAGACAGAUCCUUUUCAGAGAAUGGAGAAAGAUUACUAAAAUCAAGUGGACAGAUUAAUUCCAGCCGCUACAAGACCGAACUGUGCAGACCGUAUGAAGAGAAUGGAUCUUGCAAAUAUGGUGACAAGUGUCAGUUUGCUCAUGGAGUGAAUGAGUUAAGGAACCUUACACGACACCCUAAGUACAAGACAGAGCUAUGUCGCACUUUCCAUACUAUUGGAUUUUGUCCUUAUGGGCCUAGAUGCCACUUCAUCCACAACGCAGAGGAACGGCGUAUGGUGGCUGGCAGGGAUCAAGCACAAAUUACAUUGCCUUCCAUGAAGGUGGAGAGACCCAGGCUCCACCAUAGUGUCAGUUUUGCUGGCUUCCCCAGCAACAGUAGUGGCUUUGCAGAGAUUAGUGCACCAACCACCCCACCUCCCACUAUGCUCAGUGGCACUGAAGAUUUGGUCAGCUCACCAUCUUUGCUAGACUGUGCCAACAACCCAUUUGCUUCAUACUCUCAGGAUAUUGCUCGUUUAUGUAUUCAGCUGCAAGGAGCUGUGAUCAAUGCUAACUAUCCGUAUCGGACCUCCUCUGGAGCAGUGCAGAGCUCUGAUGGUGGUCUGUCUGAUCAAGACUGCUACUCUAGCAGCCCUGGAAGUAGCGACUCUGAAUCUUCACCUACUGAUCCUAACAGACGACUUCCUAUUUUCAACAAAAUUAUUUCAUUUUCUGAUCACAAGGAAAUGACAAACAGUACAAGCAGAAGUUGAAACAGUAAGACUGACUAGGGUUAGAAGUUAACAUGUUUCAGGUCCACUUGUAACUGAGACAGUGAAUUUAAGUUAAGACUGCCAACAGUUUACAAAAUGAGUGCCUUUAGAAAUGGGUCACUUUGGCUGUAGGGGCAGAAAAGGCACCAGUGAGUGGACAUGUGUAUCAAAGAGAGACUAUGCUAAUGUCUUAAAGGUGAGAUGGCAAUAGUAUUUCUGAAAGCCACUCUGACUGUACCACUGAUAAAAUUAUUUUUUUUAUUCCCUUGGCAAGCACAACUGCAAGUUGCCUGUGGCAAGUGGACCAGUGUUAACAUCCAGCCCUUCCCUUGCCUCGUUUUAAGCAGGUCUUUAAAGAGGGAUAAGCAAAAAUGGACAAAUGUAUGUGACGUCAGUGGAACAUUUGGAAGAGGAAGAUCAGUGAGGGAUUAAAAAAUGGAUUUUGGUGCUCUUAUGGUCCACAUUGUGCAGCUGUGAUGUCCGUAGAUCAGCUAAAGCUACAGAAAAGUCCCAAGUGGGCUAACAUUACUAUUUAGUGUGACAUAAAAUGAAUUUUGCAUCACAUAUCUGUGACACCACUAUAGAGGGGGAGGGUGGCAAAUUGUGUGCACCCAUUCCACAAGUAUAAAUGGAGUUUUUUCCAUUAGUAAUGAAAUAGUUAAUGGUUUGCUCUAGAGUAUAUUAGUUCUACACAUAGAGCACUCAUGCCAUCCUUUUGAUUAUUUUUUUUUUUGUGUGUGUGUUUUGUUUGAGGGGGUUUUUAUUUCUUACAACUUCCAAAACAAUUGGAGAGGAAAGGUUGCUUUGGUCACUGCACAAUAUUAAAAGCUUAUUUAACUUAUCAGAAACGUAUUUAUUGCCGAACAUAUGCUUUUUUGUUAAUUUGUUCAUAUUUAUCAGGACAAGUCCAUAGAAUAUAUUCUUUUAUGUUUUAAAUUAUGAUCUUCCGUAUUAAUCUUAAGAUUGUGAAGUCUCCUUUUUUUCCCCACAGUUUAAUAUAUUAUACUUACAAUGACGUAAUUGUUUUGGUAACUGCGUACACUUUUUUGUUAUUUUAUUUUAAAGAAUGAAAAGUUAAUUUAAAAAUGGAAAAAAAGGAUUAUUUAUUUUAGCGAUUUCCCUGUAUUUUUGUGUUGGACUGCAAAAUGAGCUGUGUUACUGCCUUAAUUUCCAUGUUGCCUAGUUCUCUGCAAGGCACAAAUGGCUGGGCUUCAGAAUGUAUGAGACCUGUACUGUAAAACAGUACAGGAAAAUUGUAUUCAAAACUUCAGAAUGCCUUCUGAGAUAUUUAAGAGUGAAAGUGCCUGUUUUAAAACAUUCCAAAUGCUGAGUAUCUUGCCUUGUUGUUCUAAGUUCUGUACUGUCCCUUAUAAAGAGUGAAACUAGCACAAAAAGACAAAUAUUGAAUGUAAGCGUUUUUUGUUCUGUUCACUACAUGUUUCCUAUAUGUGAAUUUAUUUAAAAAAAAAAGGAAAAAAAAAAAGCUUUUUGUAACGACAGUUUGCAGUUAAAAGCAAUAAACCAAGUCUUUUUUCAAAAUUU